CACCCUUUCGCCGUGAACGUAGCAUUUGCUCCGAGUCCACCAUUAAACUAGUCGUCGUCUCCCUCUCCCUCUCCCUCUUGGUGUUUCCCUCCCCUCCUCUGCUUCGGUUACGUCGGACCUGCAUAAAGCCGGGGGUCGCCCUCCCCUUGCUCCGCCCACGGUGUGGCUCACGAAAACGCAUAGGCAUAGCACGAGUCCCAGGAUAGACACGGACCACGGCGGCGACGGAGCAGAGGCGGAGCCAUCGGAGAUGAAGCCCAAGAACGGCGGCCCCGCCUCGGAAAGGAGGAUGCUCUCGCGCCGGAUACUGAUCCUCUGCUUCCUCAGCUUCUUCCUCGGCAUGCUCGUCACGGACCUGUUUGGUGGAUCGGUGCCGAGCCCGGUCGUGGUGCAGAGCCGGUGGCACGAGCGCGACAGGGAGCUGCAGAGCCUUUCUGAAGAUUUUGUUGCAAAGCCGAAACCAGCUGAAGAUAGUGACAUUAUGGGGGAGGUGUCGAAGACUCAUGAGGCUAUACAAUCCUUAGAAAAGUCAAUUGACACACUACAGAUGGAGCUGGCAGCAAAGCGCAGCAGCAAUGAGCUUCUUGGGGAAAGUACAGGCGGCAUAAGUAAGCAGAGGAGAAAGGCGUUUGUAGUGAUUGGGGUCAACACCGCCUUCAGUAGCAGGAAGCGUCGGGAUUCUGUGAGGGAGACUUGGAUGCCUCAAGGUGAGAAACUCAAGAAACUGGAGGACAAGGGAAUCAUCAUCCGAUUUACGAUAGGACAUAGUGCUACAUCAAACAACGUCCUUGAUAAAGCUAUAGACGCAGAGGAUGAAAUGCAUCACGACUUUCUUAGGCUGGAUCAUGUUGAAGGGUACCACAAGCUAUCUGCAAAGACCAAGAUAUUCUUCUCCACUGCUGUGGCCUUAUGGGAUGCAGAUUUCUAUGUCAAGGUGGACGACGAUGUUCACCUAAACCUAGGGAUGCUCAUCGCAACCCUUGGUCGGCAUAAAUUGAAACCACGGGUGUAUAUUGGUUGUAUGAAGUCGGGACCGGUCCUUUCUGACAAGAAUGCAAAAUACCAUGAGCCUGAGUUCUGGAAGUUCGGAGAAGACGGGAACAAGUACUUUAGACAUGCCACAGGGCAGCUCUAUGCCAUCUCCAAGGAUCUUGCCACCUACAUCUCGAUCAACCAGCCCAUAUUGCAUAAAUACGCGAAUGAAGAUGUGUCUCUCGGCGCAUGGUUUAUCGGCCUAGAUGUGGAGCACAUCGACGACAGGGACAUGUGCUGUGGCACACCUCCAGAUUGUGAGUGGAAAGCACAAGCCGGGAACGUUUGUGUUGCGUCGUUUGACUGGCAGUGUAGUGGGGUCUGCAAUCCAGUUGAGAGGCUAAAAUACGUGCACUCGAGAUGCAGCGAAGGGGAGGAUGCAAUUUGGAGUGCCUCGUUCUGACAAAGAUGAUGUUAAGGGCUUUCAGGAUGAAGAGGGAAUGAUCACGAGGCUCCAUUGUUUGGGUGUAUAUAUACAAAGAAAACACACACACACACGUUUGUGUGUGCAGGCCAUAGCUGCCUUGUGUUCCUAGAAGAGACUCGCGUUGGUAUGCACAAAGGAAGUUCAGAGAAGGGAGGCAUGCAUGUCUGAUACAGGAAGAAGCUACUGGAGCACGUCAUUUUUUUCUUUUUUCUUUUUUGAGAAAUAGGUGAUACAGCCAUACAGGGCUCAUGUGGGGUGAGUAUACAUGUUUUUUCAGUCAUCUGUGCAGAAACACGAAUACAUUCAGUUAUUAGUCCAUUCGUCUCCUCUUAGAAUAUACUCGAUGACUUUGAUUUGAUCA